AAAGAGUGCGGGAGUUUGAGAGUUUAGUUGACAUUUCCAUUGAAAUCUUUUUUCGAUAAUCGCUAAAAUCUAGCAGUCUGCGAAGAUGUUUGUUAAUAAAAGAGAUGGCCGUCAAGAGAAGGUGAUGUUUGAUAAGAUCACAUCACGAAUUCAGAAACUUUGCUAUGGGCUGAAUAGUGAUUUUGUGGAUGCGACGGAGAUUACAAUGAAGGUGAUAAAUGGGCUUUACCCAGGUGUCACCACUGUAGAGCUUGACAACCUGGCCGCUGAGACAGCUGCUACCAUGACAACCAAGCACCCUGACUAUGCUCAGCUUGCUGCCAGAAUUGCUGUGUCCAAUCUCCACAAAGAGACCAAGAAAACUUUCACUCAUGUGAUGGAUGACUUGUUCAAUUGGAUUAAUCCAAAGACAGGGAAUCACUCACCUAUGAUUUCAAAGGAUAUUCAUGAUAUCAUUACCGCUAAUGGUGAUCGUCUCAACUCUGCCAUCAUCUAUGACAGAGACUACAACUACAAUUACUUUGGUUUCAAGACACUAGAGAGGGCGUACCUAUUGAAGAUCGAUGGAAAGGUUGCAGAGCGACCACAACACAUGUUGAUGAGAGUCUCCGUAGGGAUUCACCACGAGGAUAUAGAUGGCGCUAUUGAGACGUACAACCUCCUCUCUGAGAAAUGGUUCACCCAUGCUUCACCAACAUUGUUCAAUGCUGGCACAUGUAAACCACAACUCUCAAGUUGUUUCUUGUUGACAAUGGAUUCUGACAGUAUUGAAGGAAUCUAUGAUACUCUGAAGAAAUGUGCCCUGAUUUCAAAGUGUGCUGGUGGUAUCGGCCUGAAUGUACACUGUAUUAGAUCAACGGGAUCAUACAUUGCUGGGACCAAUGGGACAUCCAAUGGGCUGCUGCCAAUGUUGCGUGUAUACAACAACACUGCUAGAUAUGUGGACCAAGGUGGUAAUAAGAGACCAGGUGCCUUUGCUAUCUACCUCGAGCCAUGGCAUAAUGACAUCUUUGAAUUCUUGGAUGCCAGAAAGAAUCACGGAAAGGAGGAGCAGCGUGCUAGGGAUCUCUUCUAUGCCCUCUGGAUUCCAGAUUUGUUCAUGAAGCGUGUAGAGGAGAAUGGUGACUGGACCCUCAUGUGCCCUAACGAGUGCAAGGGACUGUCCGAUUGCUGGGGCAAGGAGUUUGAAGAAAAAUAUACACAAUAUGAAAAGGAGGGUAAGGGACGCAAAACCAUCAAAGCCCAGAAACUGUGGUACGCUAUCAUAGAAUCACAGACAGAAACAGGAACUCCCUACAUGUUAUAUAAGGACGCAUGUAAUGGAAAAUCUAACCAACAGAACUUGGGAACAAUUAAAUGCAGUAAUCUUUGUACAGAAAUAGUGGAAUACAGUAGUCCAGAUGAGGUUGCGGUGUGUAACCUUGCCUCAAUAGCUCUCAACAGAUUUGUGAAACCAGACCAGACCUAUGAUUUCGCGAAACUAGUAGAAGUCACAAAAGUGAUCACAAGGAAUCUCAAUAAAAUCAUAGAUAUCAACUAUUACCCUGUGCCUGAGGCCAAGACGUCUAACAUGCGACACAGACCUAUUGGAAUUGGAGUUCAAGGUCUUGCAGAUGCUUUCAUUCUCAUGAGGUACCCGUUUGAUAGUCCUCAAGCAACAGAGCUUAACAAACAGAUCUUUGAGACUAUUUACUUCGCUGCACUCACUGCAAGUUGUGAGCUAGCCAAAGAAAAAGGACCAUAUGAGACUUAUGAGGGAUCACCAGUAAGCAAAAAUAUCCUGCAACACGACAUGUGGGGAGUCAAAGACACAGACAGACAUGACUGGGCUGGGCUUAGGGAGAAUAUCAAGAAAUAUGGUGUGAGGAAUAGCUUGCUACUGGCUCCUAUGCCAACAGCUUCAACAGCUCAGAUCCUCGGAAACAACGAGGCAAUUGAGGCAUACACGAGUAACAUUUACACAAGAAGGGUGCUCUCUGGAGAAUUCCAGGUUGUGAAUCACCAUUUACUGCAUGAUCUGACUGAGAAAAGGUUGUGGAAUGAUGACAUGAAGAACAAGAUGAUUGCGGCCAAUGGCUCAAUACAGAACAUUGAUGAGAUCCCCGAUGACCUAAAGGCUCUGUACAAGACAGUGUGGGAAAUCUCACAGAAAAAGGUUAUCCAGAUGGCAGCUGACAGAGGGGCAUACAUCGAUCAGAGUCAGUCCCUAAACAUCCACAUUGCAGAACCAAAUUAUGGCAAACUCACUAGUAUGCACUUCUUCGCCUGGAAAUCUGGCCUUAAAACAGGUAUGUACUAUUUGAGGACAAAGCCAGCUGCCAAUGCUAUUCAGUUCACAGUUGAUAAAUCCAAACUCAAAGUGAAGGCUGAAUCAGAAAGCAAGAAGAAUGAAGAGGCAAUGGUGUGCUCUCUACAGAACAAAGAUGAAUGCUUGAUGUGCAGUGGUUAAACAACCAAAAAUUAAUUCCCUCCAUUUAAUAUAAAAAAACAUUGACAAUCUUGUGAAGGAUUAUAGGAUUGUGACAUAGUGUUGAGUGUCUCUUGGCUGUAAAUUAUUGACACUGGGUUAGACUUGUAGAUCAUUCCUUAGGGGACUGAUGGAGUUCCAUUGGUUUUAAUGCCAGCAUAUUAAGAAUAUAUUAAGCCUGGAUAACAACUCUUAUAAUAACAACAAGAAUUAAGAAUUGUACAUAUUAAUCUAUGCAAUGUGUUAUUAAUCUAUGCAAUUUGUG